UACCUAUUUAUUUUAGGUGUGUACGUGUACGAGCGUGUGUUGUGUGGUGUGUCGGAGUAUGAGUGACGAGAAAUGAUUUUAUUUUGUUUUGUAUUAUAUUUAACGAAUUGUUAUUUGAUAUCAAACUAUUUUACUUUCAUUUUGUUCAUGAAAACGUUCAUCUACAAGUAAAAAUGUAAAUUCAACGACCAAAGUGCAAGCUGAAAGUAAACCGAAUACUAGGUAUAGCACAGAAUAAUGCUUCGUGCCUGUGAUGAAGACUCCGGCCGUAGCUCCUGCUCCGCCGCGUCGCUCGCGCUCAGCCCGAUCCUAGACCACCACGAAAACCCCGAUGAACAGAACCAGGUCCAAAGACGCCAUAAAGAGGCAAAUACUAAUACAGACCUAAAAGUCAGUACAAGACCUCGAAGUUGCAUUUCCUUACUUAAAUCACCGGAUGAAAGAGAUCCUUUCCCAAGCUGUAGGCUUCAGAACAAAAGGAGAAAUGUAUUAUUUAAUGUAUUCGACUCACCCAGAAUGGGAGGACUGAGCAAUGCUCAUUCUACUCUUAACAUAGCUUGCAGUACUCAAAUCGAAGAACAGAAAUUACAAACAAAUGCUGUAUCAAUGAUGGCUAUCACAGAUGAUAAACUAAACAGGUUAAAACCUGGACAGUUGGUAUCCAACUUUAGGAGAGGAAGGCCUGUUCAAAGGGCAGCGUCUAGGUUGUACAAAGCUGAAAGUUUGAAAGGACGAGAAGGUUGUAUAGGUCCCGAAUUUAUCGUCCGAAUUUCUCAACCUGCCAAGCAAAUAAACUUGACAGUAUCAGCAUUGUCUGACAAAAGAAUUAUAACAGUAGUGUUACUCAACGGACAAAGAGUUGAAGUGUUUUGUGACCCUAAUAGUAUAUCAGCUGGCCAACUAUUUGAAGCACUUGUUCACAGCGAAAAGUACGAGCAUAAUUUUAUGUUGGGUAUAGCGAUUUUGAUUGGCGGUGAUUUUGUUUUCUUGCCAGAUGAUUAUAAAAUUAAAAAGGUUGCACCUGAGAAUUGGCACAAAAGUCACAGUAAAAAAUCCAAAUCAGUUGAAGAGAAUAUAACAUUGACACUUUUUUUACGGAUAAAAUUUUUCUUGCCGAAAAAUAUUGCCAACAAUGUCCAAGGUGGUGAAUGGAUAAACAGAGUAUAUUUGCAGUUGAGGAGGGCGACUGUGGAAGGUCAGAUGACGUCGACGAUCCAGAAUCUCAUCCUAUUAGCUGGAUAUGCAUUACACAUAGAGUUUGGAGAGUUUUCUUACAGAGAACAUGGCACAGCAGAUUAUUUCUUACUAGAGCAUUAUUUACCAGAAUCUGUGAUCUCAAAUGAUAUGGCGGACAUUAAGUUGCGAAUGAAGAGAGCGCAUGAAUCCAGGCGUGGAUUGGAUAGAAGUAAAGCAAUAAUGAAUUAUAUUACUUUAGCCCAAACUUUCAGAGACUAUGGUGCUCAUUUCUACUCGGCUAUUUGGGCGACCAGAGAUGGAUUUUGCAGAGAUGUGUGGCUUUCUAUCGGUCCGAAAGGCAUUACUUUAUACUCGAGAAAUACCCAUAUUUCUGAUGAGCCAGGGAAUAGCACAAAUCGGAUAGUUCUUCAAAGUCUACCGUGGCAUCAUAUACAUACAUUCUGUUACAACAAAAAGAGCUUAUACAUUAUACCCAAUGCAUACUCAGGAUUAUCUAAAAUAGGUAUUAAAUAUAAGUUAAAAAUGUUAGAUAAUAAGAGCUAUUUUACAUUUUGGCUCGCGUCACUUCACCACCGAUUAUAUUUAAAAUUAUAUGCUAAAGAAGACUUCAUCACUUACUUAUCAGGUGAAGUAAGCCCAUACAAAGGAAGCCCAAAACGUUUGGACUCCAGCAACUACCAGGAUAGUUAUAAUUUAGCUGUAAGGAAUCCAGUAAGACUCAGAAGACCAGUUAGAAGAAGAUUUAAAAUUGACAUUUUUGGUGACAAAAAGUCUCAAAACAAAGAAAAUGAAAAACCUAAUACAGAAGAAUUGUUAAGACAAAUAUUAUCACCGCAAUCACAUGAAGAUAGCAUAAUCAAUUCACCUAAUCAAAAUGCGCAAGGAAAUUCUUCUAAUGAUGGUCUUUCGUCUUCAGAGAGUUGUAGUCUUCCAAGGAGGCGAGGGGUUAAAAUGGGAACUAGAGUUUUCAACGGUAUGAAGUCUACACUAGAUAGUAGAUAUAGCAGAUCUCCCAUUAGUAAAGCUUCUAGUUACUGUACUAGAUCUGAAUGUGAUUUGGCUACAACUCAAAGCGACUCAGAUGAUUUGAGCUCAGAGCAAAGGCAAUGCAAUGUCAAUAGCAUGCAGUUGUUACCAGAGAGACACUACAACCAAGAUGCCAAUAACGCUCCCACCGCAUAUGUUUUGGAAUCUCCAAAAGUUUAUACUGAAGUGUUCAAUUAUAAUGGUGUUAGCAAUGAUUCAUGCUUGAGUUCUUCUAUUUUUGAGAAAUUGGAUAAUAUGGGUGGUGUUCAAGGAGAGAGGAUAUUUGUUACUGCAGUUAUAGAAAGAGAUCCUAUGAAUGCCUUAGGUUUACAGGUUGCGGAGGGAUCUGACGGAAAUGUGUACAUAAAAUCUAUAACUGAUGGAAGUCCAGCAGAUUUAUGUAAAAAAUUACUACCUGGAGAUCAAAUUAUAUCUGUGAAUGGAAAGACUUUACUUAAUGUUAAGUACGAGAAAGCUUUAAGAAUGUUGCAGUCCGCGCCGCAAACUGUAGAAUUGAUAGUUUUACAAAACGCGACAAAAAGCAGCAAUCUAGAAUAUCAUUUUGAUGGAUUAAAUUUUGAGGAAUCCAAUUCUAAAAUGAAUAAAAUUAGUCAAAGCGUCGCAAGUGCCUUAGAUAUAGAAAUAACAGAUGACGAACUACUGAAUGAAGAAGCAUUAAAGACUGUUUAUGCUCUUAUAAAAUUGACAAAAGAUAAAGUCAUUAAGAGAAUGAAAGACACUAGCAGACAAACUACCCCAAAUAGUAAUUUACAGAAGUGUUACUCUGAGAAUAGAGUUUAUGAAACUGACACUGGGGAGUCCUCCAAAGACACGACUCCUCAAAAAAGACAGACGCAAAAGUUUAACACGUGGAGAGGUCAAUUUCCUAACCUGAAACCCAAGCGCCGUCCACUAAGCUUGAGCAUACCAACAGAUGUUGACUUGUCUGAUGAUUAUUUGGACAAUGGAGACAUGUUACUGCAAAAAUCGUCUUUGAAAUCCAUCCAGUCAUCUCUAAACAGCUUGGAUAAGUCUGUGAAGAGUUCUAAAUCAGUGGCAUUGCCAAGGAAUUUCGGGUUAAGUCGGCGGUGGCUUGGGCCUGUUAGGUACCCUGUAACUCCAUGUAAGAAUAGCAGUGGUGUCCCGAUAGAAAGUGCAAUACCAGACGAGAAUGUAGUAACGAGGCAUUUCGUCUAUGGUGCUGGAGACUCUGAUGAAGACCAGAUUUUUAUAUAAAGUGCCUAUUUUAUGUUUAACUUAGUGUUAUGUAUAUUUUUGUAAUGUUAGAAAUUACUAUUUUUCAAUAAAUAUUUUUAUAAAUUGAA